AUGAUUUGGGGAAAGGAUGUUAGACUUAAAAAUGAUGAUAAUGAUAAAAAAAACAAAAUUCAAUUUAAAAGCAAUGAAACGAACUCAUAUUAUAGCAUUGAUCAAAAUACAAUAAGCGAUGGCGAGUCCCCUAAUAUAUGUUAUGUAAAUAAAUCGAGUACUACCAAUUUACACAUUAAUAAUUUAAUUAAUAAUAUUAUUAAAUGCAGCAAUAAAUUUACCAAAUAUAAUAGAAUUAUUUUAUCCUUAAAAAAAAUUAACGAAAGAAUUAAAUGCUCUAAUAAAUGUAUACUGAACAAUUGUAGUGAACAAAAAAAGGACACAAAAAAAAAAAGAAAAAAAAAUAUAUUACAAAUAAAACGCAGAAAAUAUAAAAAGAUACUAUUCACUAAUGGUUGUAGAAUUUUCACAAAAAAAAAAAAAAAAUGUAACCCUCAAUAUGAAUUAACUGAAAUUAUAUGGAAGCAUAAAAUAAAUAAAAAGAUCCACCAAAUUAUUAAAAGAGUGAUAUAUAUAGCAUAUUGUACAAAUAUAGGGCAUUAUAAAAAAAGAAAUAUACGCAAUAAUUCUUUUAUAUAUUUUUUGUGGAAUCCACACACUUUGAAACAGAGGAAUCAGAAAAUAAAAAAAACGAACAAAUUAAUUAGCAGCACGAACUUUACAAUUAUAAAUGAGUUAAAAUAUAAUAGAGGAAAACAAAAAUAUUUAAAUGUAGAAAGAUUAAAUAUGGUUACUGAUAGCAAAAAAGGUAACCAAUAUAAUAACAAAAGGGAAAAAAAUGAUAAUAUUCGUUAUGUUAAUAAAAAAGGGACAAAAUUAAUGGAAGAGUAUGGAUCGGAAGAAGACGAACGAAACGAUGAAAAACAAAAAUGCAAUGAAACGAAUUAUAUUUACAAUAGCUUACAAAAAAAGUGUGAGAGCAUCUAUGAUAUGUAUAAGGGAUUGUGUAAGAAUGCUGCAUCCAGGGGUUAUCCAUGCGGAUUCAAAGAUUCAGAGAAUAAACUCGCAAAGAGGAAUAAAAAAAAAAAAAGUUCGAUAAGCAAUAGUUUUAAUAUAAUUUACGAUAUAAGUGAUAUUAGUGGUAAUAAUAAUGAUGUUAUUUUGAGCUCAAUUAAAAAAAAUUCGAAGAAAUUUGGAAAAUGUAAUUCAGAAGACAAUGCAAAUAGGAUACGCAUGAAUGAAAAACACUCCAAUUUUUGUUGUAAUGAUAAUAAAAAUAACAAUUUGAAGAAUUAUGUGUAUAAAGACAAUCGAUUAAAAAUAAGCAAUCACAUAUAUAGUUGUUUACCCAAAUUUUGGAACAAUAAAUGCACAAGUAAUAGCAUAUAUUUUGAUAAAAAGUUAUAUUUUAAUAAAUAUAAUAAUACAAAUAAUACUGAUAAUUUAUUUGGUUCAAAAAAUGUAAAAAAUUAUUCUUAUUCUUUGAGGAACAUAAUCAAACGAGAUAAACAUAAUGAAAAAAAAAAAUUAAAAAAUUGUAUUUUUAACAAAAUAAAUGCAGAUAAUAAUAACCAAUUUUUUUUACACAAAAUAGAUGUUUUGAGCGACAUCCAUAUUCGUGAUAAAAAUAAUCAUAGUAAUUGUGAUCAUAAUGAAAGAAAAAAUUGGAAAAUCCCCAAAUUUAACUACUUCCCAAUGUGUCUCUCAAUAGAAACUGACCCAAUAAAUGGGUACAAACAGCAGCACACCAAAGAUAGUUAUAUUAUAAAGAGGACCUAUAGUAUAGACAGAAAAUACAACGUUAGGGAUUAUUUUCGAAUGAGUUAUAUUCAUAAUAAUUAUAGUAAUAAAAACCGAGGAAAUAGUACAAAUUAUUUUGCUCAAAAUAUAAAUUGUGGAAAUAUUAAAUCAGGGAAAACAGACGGAUAUUUUUUCAGGAAAAAAUUAAUUCCUAAUUUUCUGAACGUGAAUAAAUAUAAUAAUGAUAAAAAAGAAAUAAAAUAUAAGAAUGAUGUAGAGAAAAAUGUUGCAUUUUAUUAUAAUUCUCAUUAUGCGAAUAAGCACAAUAUUAAUUUUUUGUCUUAUCAAAAUAACAAUAUUUAUAAUAAAAAAUUAAGAAAUUCUAUGGAAGACAGAGGAUACAUUACAAAUAAUAGUAGUAGUAAUGCAAUUAUUAAUGAAAUCAAUCAUAAUAACAGUGUCAGUACAAGAGCAAGCAACAACAACAGCAGUAAUAACUAUACGAAUGCACAUGCAUCGGUGCAACCGUUCAAAAGACUAAAGAACCGAGUCAACAACCAUUUUAGUGCAUUAAAACGAAGUUACAAAAAUUAUCAAAAAAACUUUGAAGAAGAAAAAAUUAUUUUUUUUAAUUCAAUAAGAAACAUAAUAAGAAUAAUAAAAGAAAUUAAAAAAUUAAAAGUCGAUCUUAAAAAGGAGAAAAAGUAUUGCUCGGUUAUAUGUGAUGAAAAAAAAAGAGAAGAGUUUAAUAAUUUAAUAAAAUAUUUAUUACACCAAAAAAUAAUAAGAAAAAAAUUAAAAGAAUAUUAUUUUAAAAAAAUAGACAAAGGAUUAUUUACUUUUUUAUUGCGAAGUAAUUAUGCAAAUUUUUUGUUUUCUGAAGAAGAAGUCAAAUUGUUGAAACGGUGGAAUGUGAUCAAAAAAGAAAGGUUGAAAUUUGAUAAUGAUAAUAAUGGAAAUCAUGAAGAAAGCAAAGCUUAUGGUAAAAAUAACAAUUUUCAAGAAAAUGAUAAUUUAGAUUAUUGUUACACCGAUAUAUUGAAUAUGUCAUCCCGAGACCAAACAAUCAAUUUUUUCGGUUCCGAAAAAGAGAGGAAAACAUGUUAUCAAGAAGUUCCAAAAAAUGAAGAAGUUUUAGAAAAUAAUAUUUUAAAUUCUGAAGAAAGAAAAAGUUAUCAGAAUAAUUAUAAUCAGAUAAAUCAAUCUUAUGGAAAUAAUAAUGAGCUCAGGUUGUAUACAACAAAUGGAUUUAGUCAUAGCACCAUAGGGGAAUAUUAUAAAGGAAACUAUCUAAAACGGGUAUGCAUUAAUAAUUUAAAUUAUUUAUAUUUAAAACAUUGUAAAAAAUAUAAAAAGAGUAUAAUAUUUAAUGUGUUAUCCUUUUUUAAGAAUAUAAAAAUAAAAAAGGUGUCUAAAAAAUUUAAAAAAAAAUUAAAAAAUAAUCAGCAUAUAUAUCUUUCUAAAAUAUAUAACUAUAAAAAAAUGCUAAGAUAUAUAAAAUACAUAUUUAUAAAAUUAUUAAAAAAAAAAAUAGCAGAUAUAAAUUCAAUACAUAUCAACAAUUGUUUUUUGAAUUCAACUAUCUGUUUUUUUUUAUUUUUAAUUUUAACGAUUUUUAAAAAUAUUGGUACAAUUAAAAUUGUACAGUGUCAUAUAUAUUAUUCACAUUUUUAUAUAUCUCUAUAUUAUAUAAAAAAUAAUAAUUUAAAAAAUUUGUAUUUUAUGUAUAAUCAUAUUAUCCACUGUGAAACACCCAAUCAAGAUAUCUAUGACUAUAAAUAUUAUAAGAAUUGCAUAAUAUAUUUUGAUCUAAAUUAUCUUAAAAAAAAAUCAAAAAAUAAUAAUAAACAAAGAAAUAAAAAGCAUGUUGAGGAUAUAGCGAGAUCAAAAUCUAUUAUUUGUCCUUUUGGGCAACUGGAAAAUUGUCAAAUAGACAAAAUACAAACUGAUCACGAAAGUAAUACAAUACCACAUUAUGGCAUAAACAAAAUAAUCGUUAAGAAGAAUAAAAAGGUAAUACAAUUUGAUAAAAUAUCAUUUUACGAUAUAUUUGUCGCAAAAAAGAAAAAAUUAAACAAGGAAACAGCACGUGAUGAACGUGUGACAAUAAAAUUGUCUAACUUUCCAAAUAAAGAACAUAAAAAUAACAUAAUUUCCUCAAAUAUCGAAGGAAACCAACAAGAAAUAUUAGGCUGGUAUGAUAGUAUUUCAACUGCCCCACCAUUAUUGAAUACUGGAGAAGAAGAUCAAAACGAAGAAGAAAAUAAUAUCAAUGAUAUGCAUACUGAAAUUGAAAAAAGAGAAAAUAAAUAUAUAUGCGAUGACACAAAAUUUUAUAGUAAGAUUAAUACAUAUAAUAUACACAGCUCGUCAUGUAGUAAUGAAAAUAGUUCAGGAAAUUCGAUACAAGCUUCAGAAAAUUAUAUAUAUACAUUGCCAAGAAAAAUUAUAGAACAUUUUAAUUUGGGCAAAUUAAGAGUUUUAAGAUUAUCUUCAAAUAAAUUAGGCGAUGAUGCUCUUAUACAUUUGUCUACUUUAAUAAAAAAAAAUAAAUUAAAUAAAUUGAAAAUAUUGGAUUUACGAUGGAAUAAUUUUACUUACAAAAGUUUAUUAUCUUUAUUAUUUGCAUUGAUAAACAAUGUGAAAAACGGUUAUAAAAAUAACACUCUAUCGGAUUUAAAAAAAAGCAAACAAACAAAUAAGUUGAAAUUACGUAAACUAUUAUUAUCGGGGAAUAAUAUUGACAGCUCGUUAUAUUCAUCAUUUUUAUCAGGAUUUUGUACAUGCAACUAUAUUGUAGUUGUAGAAUUAGAUUUUUCUAUGAACAUUAUAGACAAUGAAUGCUUCCCUAUUACAUUAAAAUAUUUCAAGCAUAUAUUAAAUUUACAAAAACGAAAAAAAAAAAAUAAUAAUAUUAGUGGCGUAUAUAUAAAUUUAGAUCAUAAUAGUUUAAAAAAUUCAACAUAUAUUAACAAGUUAAUGAAUAUAUUAUUCAAAUUUCCUAGGAAUAAAAAAAAAUAUAUAAAAAAUAAAAAUAUGGAACAAACCAAUUUUAUUGAUCAGACUGAUAUGGCAAAGCAAAGUAUAUUAUUAAGCUUGCAAUAUAAUGACAUCAAAAAUAUAGAUACAAAUGUGGCAUUCCAUAAAUAUGAACAAAGGAUUAGAUUUUGA